GGGACAUCGAAGAGCUUUUUCACACAAGCCUAAUUUCAGGGCAUGCAGCUGCGUUUUCAGAUGACUUUGAUUGUGCAUCCACAAAGGGCAUCGUUCGAGGGGCUGGGAACCAAGUACACAAUACAAGCUGUAGACUACACAGACACACUAAGGAAAUAAAACUUCCAUAUAAUAAAUGAAUGAACAGAGGGGUCUUAUUUUACAUAUUGGUAUGAAAGCAUUUUUCCCUUCAUAUUUGUACUUGGUACCAUAUCAAAUAAUGUAAAUGUUUUUAAUUAUCUCAAGUAUGUAUUCCUUUAGAACAACUAUAUUGGCUUCCUGGAUUUUAAAAAGGAGGCCAUCAAGAAGCUGGGCAUGCGGGGCCAACACGUGUUCCUUU